CGGAGGUUCUCGCGUAAGAGGGAAAAUAAGAGUUCUUUUUUAUUACAUACUCAAGAGAAAAUUUGUUUUUCCGUUAGCUCCCAGCCUAUGCAAUUGCUACUCUGAUAGACUGGUGCGCUUAGGAUCAAAAAAUCGUCUAAUAGUGGUAUUUAUCUUUGCGUGCGUGAUACAAUUUCAAAAGAAGUCACGCAGAAAAGCUCUUCUUUUAUCGAAAGUUUGAAAUUUUUUUAUCAAGUCUAUUUGCAUCCGUGACGCUUAUCAACCAUGUCUGUGUCGCGAAAUGUUUUCAUGUUUGGCGAAUAGAGAAACUUAUUGGAACAUUUUCAAUCGCCAAAGUAGUGCUGUGGUCCAGGAAAUUGUUGUGAAUUCACUCAUCGCGGACAUUGAUGGUGGUUUAGUGCACAGAAUUGCAUUUUUUGUGACACCAUCACGUGAAAGUGUAGGAAGGAGUGGUGAUUGCUGGCUGAAGUAUGUGGAUGUGCUGGGCAAUUGUGCACACCAUUGUAUCUGUAUGCCUCGUCAAGGCCCUUCAUAUACCGAGGGCGCCUCCAGCAGCGGGCGUCAGCGCAGGGAGGCUCAGAGAGGAAACCACCUACUACACCGGUAACCUGAUGACAAUCGGCCUGGAUUCGGUGUCGAUAGACGCUGGAGGAAUCAAUAAACGAGAAGCAGACUACACUCUGGACGAUUCUUUUUGGAACGAGGAGAGCCCUGUUGGUGAGGUGGAGCGAUUGCUGAAAGAGUAUCGACAAAAUCAAGAGCUUGUGGGUCGCAUUGGGAGCCACUACUAUCAAAUAAUCUACCCGGUUCAAUUACGACAUCAUGAGAAGAUGGGUAUCUCAACGCGAGAAGUGGGCGCUUCUAAGUUCCCACAGCGAGGUGGUGCUGGAAGUGGAAGCGGCAGUAGUGGCUACGAAGGCACAUACCAAGGGAGUCGUGGCAGAUCGAGGACUGGAAAGCAUUUCCAUAGGACAUCGCUACUGAUUAAAGCUUUCAAUCACAAAUUCCGAUUGGAUUUAGAACUGAAUACACAACUUUUGGCUCCAAAUAUGAUGCAGAAGCAUUACCUACCAACAGGAUAUCCACAAGACUCUCAUAGGGAAAUUGAACACUGCUACUAUCAUGGGACUGUUAAAGAUUAUCCAGGUGCCAGUGCGGCCUUUCACACCUGUAACGGUGUUUCCGGAGUAAUUCACGUUGGCAACGAAACAUUUGUCAUUCAUCCUUUCUACGGCGGUGAUUUAUCGCAGAAGCACCCGCAUAUAAUUUUCGAGGCUCGCACCAAGGCAAACAAAGGCUGUGCCAAUUCGGGGAAUCUAGAAUGGCGGAUGCCACGUCCCAGGAAACCAUCACAUGGAUCGGGUCUUGUUGAGACAGAGGAUUCAAAUGGAGCGGGUAGAUACCGCAGAGACGUCCGGGAAGCCACAAAGUACAUUGAGACGGCACUUAUUAUCGACAAAGCAAUGUUCGAGAAGAGAAACGGAAGUACAAGAGCAGAGGUGGUUCACGAUGCCAUUCAAGUUGCCAACAUUGCGGAUUUGUAUUUUCGCACACUCAACACCAGGGUAUCAGUCGUGUACAUAGAAACAUGGCAGCAAUCGAAUAAGGCACAAAUCGACGGAGGAAAGGACAUUAGUAGGGCUAUUUCAAAUUUUAACGAUUACACGUCUAGGAAUUUAUUUAAAAUUGACAAGGAUACAACGCAACUUUUAACUGGUGAGACAUUUGCUGGUGGGGAAGCAGGCAUGUCGGUGCCGGAGACAGUGUGCACACCAAAAGCCGUCGGUAUCAGUGUGGAUAUCAAUGUGUACGAGCCUCAUCUACUGGCGGGCACAAUGGCCCACAUGAUCGGUCACAACAUCGGCAUGGGCCAUGAUGAUGGACGCGAAGAGUGCUAUUGCCGCGACUGGCAUGGAUGUAUAAUGGCGCAGUCAAUUGUGGGCUCAGACAAUGUCCAACCGUACAAAUUCAGUGAAUGCAGCCGCUCUGACUACAUCGAUGCUCUGCGGAUAGGUCAUGGUCUCUGUUUGCUCAACAAACCCAAUGAGCUUGAGGUGAGGCGUAACUGUGGGAACAAGAUAGUCGAAGAGGGAGAAGAGUGCGACUGUGGUUCAUUUGAGGAUUGUGAAGAGAAAGACCCUUGCUGUGAUCCAAUUACAUGUAAACUUAAAAAAGAGGCUGAAUGCGCAAGCGGACCGUGCUGUGAAAAUUGUCAGCUAAGAAAACAGGGACAAAUCUGUCGAGACUCCAUGAAUGAGUGUGAUCUUCCUGAAUUCUGCACAGGCGAUAGUGGUUUAUGUCCUCAAGAUGUGUUCAUAAAAAACGGUAACCCAUGUGGUUCGCAUCAUCCCUCGAUGGGACCCCCAGGAUAUUGCUUUAAUGGACAGUGUCCAACCACGGCGUUUCAAUGCGAAAAGAUGUGGGGGUACGGCGGAACGGCAGCUGAUCGCCAGUGCUACGAACAAUUCAACAGGAAAGGUACCAUGAAUGGUCACUGUGGACUUGAUAGUAAUGGAGAAUACAAGAAAUGCGAGCCCGAAAACAUUCUGUGUGGAUCAUUACAAUGUAAAGAAGGCGAAAGGCAACCAGUAGUUUUCGGUACUGAUGAUCUCUACUCCACAACAAUCAUUUCCAUAAAGGGUGUGGAAUAUGAGUGCAAGGGAACCAGUGGUACACUUAUGUCUUCUGACUUACCACCACAUGGACUAGUGAGAGAUGGAACACCCUGUGGAGAUAAUUUGAUCUGCGUGAAUCAAACAUGUGUCAGUAUCUUCCCUCACAUUGAUCAAACCAAGUGUCCCUCGAAUCAGAACAAUCACGAAUGUUCCGGACAUGGGGUUUGUACAAAUACCAAUAAGUGCUUUUGUGAUUUCGGUUGGGGUGGGCCCGACUGUUCAAUAUCGAUUCCAUUGACGACUUCAGCACCCACCGCUGUGCCACCACCCUCCAAUAGUACCCUCAAAAUGGAGCGGAAAAUUGUGACUUACGACGAGGGACAAGAAGAUAAAAUCAGCACACUUUCAAUGGUCAUCAUAUUAGUGGUUAUCGUCAAAUGCGUCUUCACUAGUUUUGCAUUAAUGGCAGUUUGCUACAGAAGGAAGACCACUCGACUCAAGUAUGACCCCCCUUAUGUUAAAAAGCCUAUUGCUAAGACUUACGUUGGUGCCACCACUGGUAAUCAUCAUUCUGUAGAAGAAGUUUCGCUGGAUGGAUCAAAUAAAUUAAUAACAUAUGGAAAUCAGGCACCAUUUAGGGAGCAUAAAAUGCAAUUAAGACGAGCUACAGGGUCAGGUGGAGAAGAGGAUGCCGCACAUUCGGAAAAAAGUGGCAUUCUUAAGAAGCACGCGUAUGGCUUCAUAAUCGCAGACGGUGGUCCUGGAGCGAAGGAGAAGUGGGAAGAUGGACAGUCCGAUAACAUGGAACUGAUGGUCACCCAGUCUGAUAGUGGCGUGGGUUCCCAGCCCGGUGUCAUUCCACAGGGUGGUGUAGCCGCAUCUGAAGUUGAGCGAACUCUAAAGAGCCUAAACGGCUAUCACGAGGAUAUAUUGGAGGCACUGCGAAAUGCAGCCUCGCAUCGAGGCAGCGGUGCUGGCAACACACCCUCUGGUAGCGGCAGCAUUAGCGAAGAAUUACUACGAAAGACUCUACAGGAGUGCAAUACUGCUACCCUAGGGUAUGCCGAAUAUAAACGUGGCAGUGGUUCAAAGGCAUCCUCCAAAGAAAAUAUCUGCGAUGGUGUGCAAUCUCACUCGCUUCUUGUAGAACCCAGUCAGUCGGGUACAAUACUGCACCAUCAUCGCGGAGGGCCACUGCAACAGGAAAUAGAGGAUGAUGGUGGGCCAUCGGUAGGCCCGCUGCGAAUUCGUAAUCUAGAAGAUUUAAUUCGGCAACUAGAGCACCAUUCGUCGCGCCACAUGAGUCCGAGUGGAUCGGAAGAUAUUCGAAUGUCGGAAACAGAAGCCGACCGUCAUUAUCGCCUAGACAGCUCAGCAGCGUGUAGUGAAUCAUCUCAAGGAUCUACCCAGCAAUUGGCACAACAACAGAAAACAGCCACCAUUCUGCCCUCUUACAGCAGUCGAUGUCGUCCUCGUUCUGACGAUGAGAGCCGUUUCGUUUACGGUCGGUACCGACAUCCACCUCAGUCUAACCGACAUCCUGCUCAUCAGGCUCACUCUCCACAUUCCUUCACACAUCAUACGCACCACGGGCACACGCACGGGCAUACAUCCCAUGGACCCCAUUCAUCACAUCACUCAUCGCACACGCACCUGCAGCAAGAUGAAGAAGGCAUCUAUGAGUCGGCGGACAGGAACGCGAUAGAUAACCGAGUGGACCGUGAUACACCUGAUAGUGAGAGUGAUGACUUUAUUCAAGCUCAACAACAGUUAGCCCGGUGGGCGAGUGAGGAUGUCGUUUCCGUGGUGGUACUGGACCCCGGUACGGAUUCAACCGGCAUCGGGCCCUCCUCAACGGCUACCAUCCACGGCGAGCAACCAUCACUGGGGACGAGUGGGCUCAACAUCGGCGCGAGGGACUACUACCCCUCACCCCCGUCCACGGAAACCGAGAGCAGUGGAAGUGUCAUCCAGCAUACUCAGAGACUCUCUCAGACUGCGGCCCAGCAACGAGUCGGACACUUAAUCGACGGCCAAAGCGAUAUCAACGGGCAACCAAUGGAGAAUACAGGGCGAUAUCCCGAGUAUAAACACUGAUAGUGACUAAGGGGGCCGCACAUCCCCUCCAUGUGAUUUUCGAUGUGUGUAUAGUCUGGUAGUUAAGAAUAUUUAUUUAGGAAAACCAAUUAAGAUUAUUUUUAAAAAAAAUUCAAAUCGCAAAGUCGUGACAAAGGUUCUAAAAUAAAAGAAUAACAACAAUCAUAAAAACACAUACACACAUAAAAGAGAGUAUUGCGCGAAAGCUACAUCACUUCAAAAACUAAAACUUACAUAUAAUCUGUAAUAAUUGUAGUGAAAAAAUUGAGAAAUUUAUUAAAUAUGCAUUACACUUUGUGAAAUUAAUGCUAAAAAACUAAAUACUUAUCGAAACAUAUCAUGCAUAAAUACAUCUUAAGUUUGUUUAACCUGUAACAGAUCUGGCCACCUGAAUAUAUUUCUAAUACAUUUGAUAGACUUGUUCCUUUGAAUAUGUUGAAAAUCGUAGAAAUUAUUCGUUGCUAAAUUCAAAUAAAAAAAAUGCACUGGUAAGUUAAUCACUUAUGAAAGCUGUGUCCCUUUCAGAAAAAAAAUAUAUUGUAUAGAAAAUUCAACUUUAUAUAGAAAUAUUUGCAAUAGCAGUCUGGAAGUGAUACAGCUAAAAGAAAAAUAAAUUGAAUACGCGAUGAAAAUCCGACUAUAAGUGAUUUUUAUUAUGUCUUUUUAUGCUGAUAUCGUCGAAAAGUCUCACAUCAUCCAUUUGUAAAAGCUAAUGGACAAUGCUUUGCAGAAUUCUUAUAUGUUUUAUGAAAGAGAUGAAACUACCAUUUACGUUCUGAAAUUGUAAGAAUUUAGCGAGUAUUACCAAUAUCUUUUUUGAUGUGAAAUAAAUACAUAAAUAUAGGCAAAAUAACUAAUAAAAAAAUUAUUUAUAAGUAGUAAUCGAAAAAGAAACAUUAUGAAAAAAUACGUAUAAGAUAUAUUUUUAUUUUAAAAAGAAAGAAAUGUCAAGUCAAUUUUAUAUUAAAAUAUGAGAAAUAUAUAUGUAUAUAUAUAUUGCGAAAACAGAAAAGAAAAAAAUAACUAUUAAAAAACAAGAAAUAUAAUGAAUAAAAAGAAAAUAAAUUGAAUGUAAGUAUUUAAUGGAUAAAAAAGACAACAAAAAACCGUAGCGUUUACAAUGGAAAAAUGAAUUCUAAAUUUGAAAAAAACAAACAUAAAAGAUAAAAUAUGUAUUAGCGACGAAUAGAAAAUGAAAUUAAUCAUUCGUAUUAGUUAUUAAAGAGUAAAAUGACAAAAUAUAAUAAACUCUAGUAAAUUAUAAAAACAAAAGGAAAAGUUACAACCUUUUUUUUAAGUUAAAUUCCUUAACCCUUGCCGAUACCAGACAAAUGAAAAGUUGUUUAUACAUUUGAAACGCUAAGCGUCCAAUAAUAAAAUCUUUAAAAAUAGCUUGCAAAAAUCAUUUUUGCUCACAUUGAUUCAAUGCAAAUAAAAACGUUAAUAUAUAAUUACAAUGCGCGAAUACGAUUUAUGAUUCAAAAAUGUGAAAUGUUUUAAUAAAAGAUAUACAUUUAAGAUGGUAAUGGAAACCAAAAAAACGUAAUUCUAAAAGAAAUAGAAGAAAUAUAGUUGAUAUUAUAAUAAAAGAAAGAAUAUUAAUAUUGAAUGUAUUUUGUAAGAAGUAUAAUAAUCAAUUACACGUUAUUGAUAACUUAAUAAUAAAGUAAAUGAUAUAUGCGAAAACAAUUUAUAUUGAAAUUAAAUAUAGAUAUACAUGUAACUAAAUAAUAAAAUAAGUUUAUCAUGAACGGAAUAUUACAAGAAUUAACAUGUAAUGUUUCAAAUCGCCGUUAAUACUAUACGUUCUAUUAAAAAAAUUAAAAUAAUUAGUCGUCUUUUUUAACAAGCUCAUACACAUGAAUAUUAUUUUUUGAUCAUAUUAUCUUGAUUAUUGUCUCAUCAGAAAUUUUUUUUUCCUGAAAUGGCAGGUGUUUUAAACAUACAUACAUAUACAUACCAUAUAGGAAUUAAGGUGAAAACAAUGUGACCAUUAUCCGACUACAUUCUGAUAAUAUUAUUCGUAUUAUUCAUAAGAAAAGAUGUAACUGUGCAAUGAAACUGAAAAUGUACUUGAGAUUAGUUAUAUCUUCUAGAGAGAAAAAAAAAAAACAAAAUAUUUAUUUCCCAUUGAAUAAAUUAUUGGUUUAGUACCUAUUAAAAUAAUUUAUAUUAAUUCUUUUGUUUUUAUAAACUUUAAAGAGAAGUUGUGCAUCUAUGAAAUUGACAGAAAAAUGCAAAACGAUCAAAAUGUACUAAAAAGAAUUAUACCUAAAUCAUAAUUUUAUUUUAAAUACCAACUUCCAAUAAAACUCAUUUAAUUAAAAAAGAAAGAGUCACAGCUAAAAAAAAUGUCUUAGAAACACGACAAACAUUAUUCUUUUUUUUAAUUCAUUAGAAAAACUAUGAUGUCCCGAAUCUAAAAAGAAAAUAAAUGUAGUUAGAUAAAAUAAAAAAGAUUUAAAGUUGCUCAUAAAUCAAAAUUAUGAAAUGACUAUAAAAUAAUAAAUACGCAACUUUCGAUUUUAUCUUCGUCGAAUUUUAUAUUUUCUGUAAAGGUGAUAGGAAAAAUAUUUACUUGAAUUAUUUGGUAUCAUACUGCAUCGUGUUGCACAGACUGUAAAUUAUUUUCUUUGUAUUUUAUUUGUACAAAUAAAUUCAACUCAUUAUUUCAUAAUUUCAUAAUUACGUAAUAUGUAGUACAUAUACGUGAAUGAUAUGAAAAUGAUUUGUUUUAAGAAAAGUCAUCAAUUUAAAAAGGAAAUUCAUUAUCACACGAAAUUACUAUAAGUGUUCGUUAAAAGUAAAAUUUGCUAUAUAACUUUAUUUUAAAAAAAAUACAAUACUCAAACAAUUUACACUCUUCACAAAACGGCUAUUAGUUGGUAUACCACAAUCGUGGCAUACCAAGUAUUGUAAUCGUCGGAAAAACCGACCCCCUCAGAUCGGGCUCAAACUUGGUAUGAGCACGUUUUAGACUUCCCACAUUUCGAAAAUGGUGGUGGAAAAUUUUUGAUCCGGCCGGCCUGCCGGCCUGCCGUCCGGUGGUCAACAUUUUGCAUUAUAUCUCGAGAACGGUAACAGAUAGAGACUUCCGGUUUGAAGUUUUCUAUAGAAAUGUGGGUGUAAAAUUUCAUUUUUUCGCAUUUUCAAAAUCCAAGAUGGCCGCCGUCCGCCAUUUUGAAAUACUGUCAACCACUUCCCUUACAGCUAGAGGUCUGAAACUUUAGUAUGUUGUAGAGCUUAGUGAGACGUUUUCAUCAACAAUUCGUACUUGACAAUCGGUCAAGCCGUUUAGCAAAUAUGGCGGCCUAAAGCAAAAAGUGUUUUUUCGAUGUAUCUCGAGAACGGCUUGACCGAUUUUGACCAUCUUGGUAUCAAAUGAAAGGUAUUGAGAAGCCCUACAACUGUCUAGAACAUUCCAAGUUUCAAAAACAUCCGCAAGAGGCGCUAAAAACAAAAACAAAAAUUGCCUAACUUUAAGGGGCUAUAUCUCCGAACAUCUGUUAUAGAUUUCCUUUAAAUUUAGAUAUGUUGUAGCCUGACUCAAUAUCUGUCACCAGUCAGAAAAUGAAGAAAUUCUAUGUCGCCGUUUAGAAGAUAUGGCCAUUUGAAAAAUUCUUGAAUUUGAAAAGUUCUAAGAGCCAUAUCUCUUGAACGGCUUGUCCGAUUUCGCUCAAUUUGGUAUCAAAUUAAAGGUUUUGCAAUUACCUACAACUUUUUAGAACAUCAGAAACCUCUAGAACCUUUCCUUUAGGACGAAAAGUGCAAAAACUGUUUUGGUAAAACAAAAAUCCGCCAUUUUGUGUACUAGAGGUGACCUUGAAAUGUAUCGAAAUAUAUGUCAGAUUAUAGCUUAUUUCAAUACCUUUCCAGAACUAGUCAAGAAAUUUCUGUAUGUGCAAUAAAACUUGAUAUAUAACCAUUUUUGUCUUUCGAAUUGAAGAAUUUCAUAAAAAAAAUCAACUUUGCCUACUAAUACUACUUAAAAAUUAAAUUACAACGCAUAGAUUGACCCAUCCGCGUUGUGGUAUACCAACUCUAAUAACUGGACGCGUUAUGAUUGACUUUUCUAUUUCAAGUAACACACCACACAAAAUUCAUGUGAAUAAAAUAUAAACAAUUAUCUUUUCAAUAUUUUCACAGAUUUGUAUUUUAUUCUUAUUCGGUAAUAAAAUUCAUCCUGUAAAUAGUCAUGCAUUAAAAUCGAUUCGAAAAAAUACAACUCUAUAGUUAGUUAUUUAUUUAAAAAAAAAAAAAGAAGCGAGAAACGUAAAUUUUAAAAGAAAAAAAUGAAAGGGACAAUGUAGUGUAAAUAAUAAUGCAAUAUUUAAGUAUAAUACAUAGUAAAAAAUAUGAAUGUAUAGUGACUCGGUUUCUAUUUAUUCAUAAACAAAAAAAAAGGAUAGAUAUUUAUAAAAACAAAUAAAAUAUAGAAGAAUACGAAAAAAAAGAUUUUAAUGAAAAAACAUGCUGAAUUUUAUGUUAUAAAAAGAAAAUAUUUUUGGCCAAUAACUAAUUUUUCAAUUAAAAUAAUAUUUAUUUGAUAUAAAAAUUCUUUAAAAAUAAGUCAUAGUAAAAAGUUACCUUUACUUUUUUAUAGAUUUUUUUAAUUAAUAUCUAUAAUUCAAAGGAAAAACAAUUUUACUUUUUUUUGCUAAUAUUUUAUCAUAGAAUUAAACUCUUCAAACUUUAUGAUUAACCUGCUGGCCGCCAAGACCUUGGAGCUUCCUUAGAGCGCCAAGGUGGGGUCGUUGAACGACCCCAAGAAGGAAGUCGAUUUUCUCAUAAACUAUAAAACCGGGAACUGUCGGGUCACUACCUUUAGACUCCUUAUAUAGUCCUCUUGCCCCUUGCAUCACAAAUUCGCCACCCGGAAACACGCAGAAGAAGAUAUUAGGGAAAAACAUUUUUCACUCAUUUUUCACACUUUCUUCGUGAGAAAUUUGCCACGAAGUUGACCGCAACUGCUAUUUUUUUUCACUACUUCCCCACAUUCCCCUCACUUCCCGCACCGUGAUAAAUGGCAAUAUUUCUCGAAUAUUCUUUAUUGUUUUGCACAUUUAUAUGCUUCUAAUUAUGUUUUAUGUUGUUUAUGUUACUUAUUCGCGAUAAUUCUGACACUGAGAUGGUAAAGUGAGAAAGUAAACACAACCCUUCAACUCCCUUCAACCAUAUGAUUUAUGAUGUGACUAACUUCAUUCUAAGAAAUUUUCCGCAGCAUGGCCGUUACACCAAUUUUUGAAUUCCCUUCUUCUACAUUUUCCUUAAUAACUUUUCUUGUGGUGGUCGGAUUGAGCUGAAAUUUUUACACAACCUCCUCAGAAAACCAAGGAACUUAUUUCCAAAAGAUGGGAAUGGUAUCUUUUAUAUUUAUUAAGUUAUAGCACGAAAUAUAGGGCUGGGGUCGUUCAACGACCCCGCUUGGCGGCCUAGAGGUUAAAUACACACACCAUCAGUAAAUAAUAAGAAGAAUAAAAGCAUGUCAAAAAAAAACGAAAGUGAGCAUUUCGUUGAGAGAUCAAAUUAACUUCAAAUCAAAUUUAAAAAAAACAUUAUUUAAAUUAAAAAAGAAAAUGUAUAAAGAAAACUAUAGGUACAUCCCAAUAGAUCAUAACAAUAUGAAAUUGAGCUUAAAAUUCGAUAUACUAUACUUCUCUACUUUUCAGCUGAAAGUAAACCACAUAAAUAUCCCAUUAUUUUUGCCCAUAAUAUUUUUUUUUUAAUUUUUAUUAUCUUUUAUUCAAACAUGUUACAAACUUUUAUUUUAUCUCAAAAUGUACCUACUUUUUCCAAUAUUAGAUUAAAGAAAGUGCCAAAGGCGAGAUAUUUUAGUUAUAAAACUUAUUCUCUCAGUGGCUUCGAAACCUAGACAUACCAACUUUCAUUCUAAAAAAAAGCUGUGUCUGAAAGGAAUACUGCUUUAUGUUAGGUGAUCCAUUUUCUUAUUUGAAUUUGAAUUUUUAUGAGAUAAGAAAUUUAUUAUUUUCUCUAACUAAAGACACUGAAUCAUAAUUUAUUUGUGUGCACACUGUAAUUGCCAAACAAAAAUUCUAAUAUUAAUGGCAUGACUAAAUAAAAGAAAACAAAUGAAAAAUGAUUGCAAAAACAUGGUGAAUCACAUUUAAGUGAAUGAUUAGGAGCAUAGAUAAAUAAAUAGGAUUAGAUAAAAUCGUAAAAAAAAAACAGUGAAAGAAAUAAAUUUAUAUCGUUUUGAUUCAGAUGAGUGUUUUAUAAAAAUGAUGAAAAUGACAAAAAUUUAGAUGAUUUUCAUAAUCGAAUAUCGAAUAUGUAUAUAUAAAAACAAAAA